CGCCCGGUGCACCUCAACCACUUCUUUCGUCACGACUUCUUUCUUUCCUUUCUCUUCCAUUGCUGUCGCGACUUUGCUGGGAGUUACUGGCCGUGGCGUUCAGGUGUCAGCGACGGACCACUUUUCCUCCCUCUUCACCCGCUUCAACCUGCAACAACCACUCCACUACCUUACCAACCACUCCGCCGCCAACGCCACUUGCACAGCUCGCGCCCAGUACACGUAUACCAUCUUUCCCCGACUCGCUUCCAGGCUUUAGUUGUGUGCAUCUCCAGCUUCCUCGCGCUGCCGGUCCCCUCUUGCGGCUCUCGUCUCGCAUCGCAGCCUGAUUAAUACCCUCAUGAAACCCGCCCACCAUGUCUAAAGCCCCAGAUUUUGCUCGCAUGCGCGAGCUGACCAUGCAGGAUGGUCAAGAUGACAUGGUCACUGUUAAUACGCGCGCUUUAAUCGACAAGGUCCUGGCCCGCUACUCCGCAGAGUUCACGACUUUGAGAGAGCUCGUCCAAAACGCUGCCGACGCCGGGGCUACGACCGCCACCAUCAGAUUCGAGACCCUUCCAUCAACGCGCGUUCGCCUGCCGGAUACUCAAGAUCAAUCGGCGUUGCUUAGGCACGUCGUCAAGAACCAUACCUUGAGGAGUCUGAGCGUCUCGAAUAAUGGCAAGCCGUUUACAGACGCCGACUGGGCUCGUUUACGGUGUAUUGCUGAAGGCAACCCGGAUGAGACGAAGAUCGGAGCAUUUGGUGUGGGCUUUUACUCUGUGUUCAGUGAAUGCGAUACGCCCUUCGUCAUCUCAGGUGACAAGACGAUGGCUUUCUACUGGAGAGGCAACACGCUGGCUGUGAAGACGUCUGCUUUGCCCGCCGGCCAAGCUUCCGGGGAUACGAGCUUCAUCUUGGAUUACCGCACGUCGGAAAAGGAUGUCGAUAUUACACCGUCACCUGUGCCGGACCUCUUAGAACUAUCCAAGUUUCUUACAACCAGUUUGACGUUUCUUGCUUUGCAAAAGAUCCAACUCUUUGUUGAUGACUACAAGAUCAUGGAGCUGACGAAGACCAUGUCUGACGCUGUCUCUGUGCCCCUCCCCAGCAACAUCGGGACCACGUCCUCGCACAAUCUCAUGAAAAUUCGGGACAUUGUUCAUGAGAAUGCCAAGAUCACAGCGUCGUGGUGUAACAUCAUAGGCUGGGACCGUAAGGAGCCUUCCCAGGAACCCGUAGUUGAAGAACCGAUCAUUUCCGCGCCGAGUUUCAAAGGGUUUUUCAAAAAGACGUUCAAUAUCGGGUCUGCCAGUCAAAAGGAGCAGGAACAGAAGCUGGCGCAAGAAAGGGCAGCUGCGGAACAGAAGGCCGUAGCCGAGGACUCUGCGGGCAUCUCUACUGCUACUGUGACGCUGCACCUCAGCACCAUCAACAUUACUUCAAAUGUGCCAUCUCGCCUUGCGAAUGAACUGCUGCGAGCCACGAAGAAGCAACCGCCUAAGCAGACUCGUUUAGCAAUUUUAACAACUCCACACGCUGAGUGGAAGAAAUCUGUCACUAAUUCCUCCGGUCUUACGGUCGAACGCACUGGAGAGCUCUUUGCCUCUGCGUUGCCUACUCACCAAGGCCGCAUUUUUAUUGGAUUUUCGACCGGCCAAACCACGGGUUACCAAUGCCAUAUCUUUGCACCAUCUCUCAUCCCCACCGUGGAGCGCGAAAGCAUUGAUUUGUCCAAUCGGCAUGUUUCUACGUGGAACGAAUCAACGUUGGAAAUUGCUGGCAUCGCUUGCCGCAUUGCAUUUUCGCGGCAGAUGAGCGCCAUCAAGGCUCAACUUACUGAGGACGUAAAGCUUUCCGGAAACACUAAGACUACGCUUGAACAAGUUUCGAAACUCAUUCCCAAGGCGAACCACCUCUUGAACCAGUACACUUCUCGGGAAUCUACGCCAUUCGCCCAGGUGGGUAAAUACAUCGACGAAGGUUUUUGGAGAGCGUCCAAGAGCUUUGAAAUUCUGUCGACAUGUGGCGUACUUCCUGCAAAGGAGGUCCGUGUCUUCGCUCAGAGGCUUGCGUUCUUGCGUGACUUUCCUUUUGUUCCUGAAAAGGUCUUGGACGAUGCGGAAGGGUUCAUCCAGCGCUUGUUAAGACGCGGCUUCAUCUCCCAAUUGACCAUUGAAGACAUCAGCAGGAAGCUUGAAGACAAACCCUUAGAUGAAGAUGAGAUGCGGGAAUUCCUUCAUUGGGUGGCCAAUAUGUCAAGUUCGAAUGCCGUGGAAAAGCAUGACCUCAAGCAGCUCUUCAAUGCUGCUAUCCUGACGGUCGACCAAUCCAUCAUCGCACUGGGAAGCAUUAACUUCUAUUUGAUUCCUUCAAAGUAUCCGCCCGACCUUUCUUAUCCAGAUAGUUGCAUGCCCCUGAAGUAUACCAAGGACUUCAGCCGCGUGCAACUUGAGGGAUUUGGAUGGCAGGAGCUUCCUGUUGAAGAAUGGAUACGGCAUCUGCUUCAGUUCAAUCAGCUCACCAGUGCAAAAUCCAUUACUAAAGACCCCGAGUUUGCUUCUCUGGUCUUGAAAGUUAUCUCAAAGCAAUGGGAUCACAUGAAGGCGCAGCAAAGAGCUGAUAUUGUCAAUCUUCUACGCCCACACCCGGUCAUGCCUACGAAGAAUGGCAUGCAAAAGCCGCAGGAAACUUAUGAGCCUAAUGUCAAGAUAUUUGACGAUCUUCCAAACCUCGUGGUUACUGGCCUUAAGCCAAAGUUACUUGAGGCGCUUGGCCUUCGCAGGACCAUCGACAUGGAUUACUUGUUCAACCGACUUCUGGCUACGCCUGACAAGGACAGUACCGGUAGCGGGCCAAAGUGGAGUCAUAUGGAUGUCAUCGAAUACCUCGCUGACGUCAAAGAUGCCAUUCCGGCCAAGGAUCGCUUGAUACUUGCUGACAAGAAGAUGUGGCCAAUCGAGAAUUAUCCAGGAGUCAAGAGCGACACAACUCGCUUGUACAGCCUCAGAGAAAUUUAUGAACCUUCUAAGGACAAUAAAGAGCUCGGUCUGCCAGUAAUCAAAUGGCGUGCAAACGUCGAAUACAAGCCUCUGGAUACCAAGGGGAAGUUUCUCAAGGAAAUAGGCUUACGCCGUUUCCCGGAUUGGAGCAAGGUCAUUGAGAUGAUCGCAUACGCGGUGAAGACUAGUGAUGCCGCUUAUUACGAAACGGUCAUCCGCUACUUCAUUUCCAACCGCUCUCAAUGGCCUACUGCGACGCCUAGUGCCUUGGCUGACAAGGAGUUGUUGCCUGUUGAAGGAAUCCCGUUCCCUUAUUUGGUACCACCUACCGCUUGUGUUACGAACCGUGGGGCUUCCAUUUUUGGUUACAACAUACUGCGCGCAGACCUGAUUCCCCAUGCUGCUACAUUCGGAGUCAGUCGUGACCCGCCCAUUGAAUUCUGUGUCCAGCGCUUGAUUAGAGCUCCUCCGAGGAGUAAGCAGGACGCUGCUAUAUACUUUGGGUAUAUGGCCAGUAGGAUUGCGGAUAUUCAAGGCCAGAGAGAAGUAGCCAAAUCGCUUGGCGAAGCUCCUAUAGUUCCAAUUCCCGGUCAGCAUGAUGCCAGUAAAGUCCGUCACAUACCUCCGCAGUCCUGCUAUGUUGGAGAAAGCAAAGAGUAUGGAGCGAUUCUGAACUUUGUCGAUUUCGGGUCCAUUUCAAAUUCCUUCCUGCGUUCUGUUGGCGCCAAGGACAAACCCAACAUCCUGGAACUAGCUCGCAUGGUUGUCGACAACCCGGCCAAAGUUCUCAAAGAGCUAGGAGCAGAAAAGUACCAAGGUCUUCUUAAACAGUUUGCCGUGAACUACAGGGACAUCAAAGGGGAGAAGACUCUGUGGAACUCCUUCAAGACCUAUCCUAUACUUCUCGCGCUCAAAGACGAACCGGUGCUGGAUGAGAAAGCGGGUGUCAAAUCUGAGACAACGCAUUUUGAGGACGAAGAUGACGAUGAAGACUCGGUUGUUCGGCAGGUCAUGGUCCGCGCGGCUGCGAACCAGAUCGUCACUCGUGACAAUGUUCAGUAUUACGCUGUCUUCAGAGGUUCGCUUCUAGUUGCGCCGGAGGAUGAAGACCUGGAGAAGUUCUACAUGCUGCUGGGUGCAGAGAAGCUCAGUGACCGUGUUCAAGUUGAAAAGGUCCCCGGAAAUCCCGUCUAUGACGGUCAAAAGAAGGCAGAUAAACUCAAGGCGCUGAUUCUGGAGCGUGUGCCGAUCUUCCUCAUCAACUUCAUCAAGGACCAGAUCUUCCAUGAUAGUCGUUGGUUGGAGCAUAAUCUUGAUGUCAAGGUGGUCUCCCACUUGACACACCGCUUGCAAGCGCCUGGCAUGCGAGCCGUCUCGCUGAAAAUGAGCGCCGGCCUUGUCGUCCAGAAGGGUGGCAUGAUGACUGCUCGGAGUAUCAUCCUUUACGUUACUGAUGACUAUGACUUCUUUGAGGUCAGCCGUGAGCUGGUUCCUCUGCUCUUGAAGCGUCAAAACCCCAAGCACGAAACGCUCAUUCUGGAGACAAUUCUCAGCAACAGUCUGCGUAGACUGCGUGACAAGGGUUACGAUGUUCAUCGCAUCCUCGCCCGCAAGGAGAAGCACCAGGCUCGUCUAGCCGAGGAAGAGAAGCAGCGUAUUACUGAAUUAGAGAAGCAACGUGCGGAGGAAGCGGAAAAGCAACAGGCGAUUGCUAGGCAAGCCCCUGUACCUGGUCAGCGUCAAUCGCAACAGUUCGAAGGCACUCAGCUCGAAGAUACCAAGCGUGAAAACGCGCGACCACAGACUCCCGACAAGCCAAAGAUGCCCGGUGCAUUCGGUUCUCCGGAUGAUCACCAGCCGUCUGAACGCCAAAUGGCUCAACAACGGCCUGGAGAGGACAACGCUCUUGCACGCACUCGCAACAGUUUCAUGCAAAAGUUCAGAGAGUUCACUGGUAACAAUACCCCCAACACCGGGACCUCGGGCGGCGUGUCUAGAGGCGGCGAGGCAGGCAUGCCAAACGACAACAGCCCCAACAACCCGACCCAGACAAGCAAGGAUCUCCAGACCAACCUCAACGAUGCCAUCAAGUCGUGCCGCGCGCACAACUCGUCGCAAGUCAAGAGCGCGGGCGAGACCAAGGAGAUUGGCGAAGCCAAGGGCUCGUACUGCGACACGCGGCCGGCCAAGGACCUCUCGCGCUGGUACACGGAGCAGAACGGCAUGACGGUGUUCCUGUCGAGCGGGAGCUCGCACGCCGUGCUCAGCGCCAACGACGCAGCGUUCAAGAACGGUAUCGUGGCGUUUUCGCAGCUGCUGGCGCACGUGGCGCGCGUCUUCCAGCUGGACCCGCGCAUCGUCAACAUCUUCUACGAGGACGUGGGCAGCACGAUAGCCUUCAACCAGGGCGGCGCCCUCUUCUUCAACUACCACUACUUCCAGACGCUGCACCUGCCGCACAACAUGGUCGACCGCGCCAAGAUGGUCGAGGCCAUGGUCUUCUGGUGGGAGGCCUUUUGCCACGAGAUAGCGCACAACCUGUCCUCGGACCACAGCGCCGCGCACGUCUUUUACGAGGGCAGCUUGAUCAAGCAGACGUUCAAUCGCAUGAUGAUGCUGGCGGCUGGGCAGGGCGUCGAGGCUGCUGUUGCUGCUGCGUAAAGGUGAGUGUUUGGGAGGGUGAGAGCGAGGAUUCAGUGCAGUUGGUGGUGGAGUGGAAUCAAUGGACGUUGCUCUUGCGCAUACGUACAUUGCUUGCAGUAGUGUCGGCGGUUGAUAGGUUACAUACGAUACGGAAAGCGGCCUGUGUGCGCACAAUCGGCCUCUUCACUCACUCUAGGUACUUACUGUUCAAAUCCCCUCCUAGGAUAGACUUGGGAUAGAAAAAGGAAUGCACACUGUUGCGGAUG